GUCCAGGCGCCGCCCCACGCCGCGCCCCGCCGGAUCGGGGCCGCGGCCGGGCAGCGGGGUCAUGGCGGGCCCGGGCCGGGCGGUGCUGGCGCUCGCGCUGGCUCUGGCGCUGGGAUCCGGAUCCGGAUCGGGAUCGGGCCCCGGGUCGGGGUCGGGAUCGGGCCCCGCGGGGCUGGCGGCCGCGGGCGCCCACUUCGGGUGGCGCAACCUGACGUGCCCGGCCUGCCGCUCCCUCUUCGCCGCGCUGCGCCUCGCCCUGCAGAUGCGGAGCGGCGCGGAGCAGAUCCAGCGCCUGGCGGUGCACGUGUGCACGGGGCUGCGGCUGGCGCGGGACGAGGUGUGCCGCGGCGCGGUGCGGCUGUUCGCGGGCGACGUGCUGGCGGCGUGGUCGGGCUCGGUGCUGCGGCCGGGCGAGAUCUGCGGGCUGCUGGUGGGCGCGCGCUGCGGGCGCUGGGACAUCCUGGCGCCCUGGAACGUGUCGCUGCCGCGCGCCCCCAAGCCGCCCGUGACGCCGCCCGCGCCGCCCGCGCCCGGCGCCCCCACCGCCCGCCUGCUCUUCCUCACCGACCUGCACUGGGACCGCGCCUACGCCCCCGGCGCCGAGGCCGCCUGCCCCGACCCGCUGUGCUGCCGCGGCGCGGCGCCGGCGGGGACGCCCCGGCAGGCGGCCGGCUACUGGGGCUCCUACGGCAAGUGCGACCUGCCCCUGCACACGCUGGAGUCGCUGCUGGCCCAGCUGGGCCCCGCCGGCCCCUUCGAGCUGGCCUACUGGACCGGCGACAUCCCGGCCCACGACGUGUGGGAGCAGAGCCGGGCCGGCCAGCUGCGGGCGCUGCGCACCGUCACCGCGCUGCUGCGCAAGCACCUGGGGCCCCUGCCCGUCUACCCGGCCGUGGGCAACCACGAGGCCGUGCCGGUCAACGGCUUCCCCCCGCCCUACGUGCACGGCAACCGCUCGUCCGCCUGGCUCUACGACGCCAUGGCCGAGGCCUGGCAGGGCUGGUUGCCCCCCGCCGCGCUGGAGACGCUCAGAGUCGCCGGCUUUUACACGCUGCAGAUCCGGCCCGGCCUGCGCCUCGUGUCCCUCAACAUGAACUUCUGCUCCGAGGCCAACUUCUGGCUUCUCAUCAAUGCCACGGACCCGGCCGGGCAGCUCCAGUGGCUCGUGGGCGUCCUGGCGGGAGCGGAGGCGGCCGGCGAGAAGGUGCACAUCAUCGGGCACAUCCCGCCCGCCCACUGCCUGCGGAGCUGGAGCUGGAACUACUACCGUAUCGUCAACAGGUUUGAGAGCACCAUCGUGGCCCAGUUCUUUGGCCACACGCACCUGGACGAGUUUGAGAUGUUCUACGACGAGGAGACCCUGUCGCGUCCUGUCUCUGUGGCCUUUGUGGCCCCGAGCGUCACCACCUACAUCAACCUCAACCCUGGCUACCGCGUGUACGAGCUGGACGGGAACUACCCCGAGAGCUCGCACAUGGUGCUGGACCACGAGACCUUCAUCCUGAACCUGACUGAAGCCAACGCAGCCGGGCCAGGGGCCACGCCGCACUGGCGCCGCCUGUACAGGGCACGCGAGACCUAUGGGAUGCUCAACGCCUUCCCGGCCGACUGGGACCAGCUGUUGCGGCGCUUCCAGGACGACGAGCGCCUGUUCCAGCACUUCUGGUUCCUGUUUUAUAAGGGGCACCCGCCGCGCGAGCCCUGCCUGGACGCCUGCAAGGCCGCGCUGCUUUGCACCCUGCGCACCGGCCGCCGCGACGACCCUGCCCUGUGCCACAGCCUGCGCCCCACCCUGCCCUUCGCCCACAUCCAGCACUUCUGGGACCAGCGCCGCCUCUGCUGACCCGCACGCGGGGGAAGCUUGCUGCGCUUGGGCCCUGCGAGGGGCAAACAGAUGCCAGCCCUGGGCGCAGGGGGCCCUGCUCGGCUGUGCCAGAACGCCGGGGAUGGGGUACGCUCCACCCUCCCCUUCCUGGCUGCAAGCAGGUGGGGGAGAGAGGCAGGUGUGUCGGGGCCAGGCCUUUGCAAGGGGGAGGGGGGGACUGCAGAGCAGAGUGGAUUUUAUUUAAAUCGAAUCAAUUUCAUGGUUUAAAUCACAGGUCAGGAAAUCUCGCUUUAAUCGUUUUCUGCAAAAAGUGUGUUUUUGUUGUUUUAAUACCCUCUAUUCCAGCGGUUCCCAGUGUGCAGUACAUGUGCCACCAGCAGUAUGCAUUAGCAGAUUUAUUGUAAUUACUUUAUAUGACAAAUGUUUGCUGGCGGUACUUAAGGUUGCAUUUAAUUGGUAGCGUGCAAUCUGUCAGUGGGUGGGAACCGCUGCGCCAUUUGUUUAACUUCUUGAAACUUUGCACUUUUAGAGAGAGAGGUAUGGGCUUGACUGUGCACGCACAAACUUGAAGGGAGACAAGAGAGCUGCUGGUGGGUAAUCAGGUCUGUUCUCUCUCAUCUCCACAUACUGCUGUUAACAAGGAUGUUACCUCUGGAGACAAUACGUUCUCCCUAAGCCAGAAAAGGGGCGUUCGUGCCUAAAAGCUUACAGAGAACAAUUUUUCCAACUACUUUGUUGGUCUAAUAAAAGAUAUCACAUCUACCCAAGGAACCUCUUCUAUGAUCUCUGGAGACAAAUCCAGUUUGAGAACUGAAACUAAGCUUCACAGAGACACUUAAUAGGAUCUUCUAGACUGAGUGCUUGGUCCCAGUGGGUAGAGUGGUUUUCUUUAUUAAUCAAUAGAGGAGCCUCUAGGAACCCCAUGAGAUUCGGUGAGCCCCUAAUAUAGUCCCCGGCCUGUUGUGACCUACUAAUAAAACUUCUAAAAAAGUUACAUGAAUAUAUUGUCUCUGAUAGAAUAGAAUUAGAAGGCCUGACCCCUAUCCCCUGAUGAUAGCUUUGAGCUUUAAUUUAUCUUUAAAAAACUAUUGUUACAUAAGUUUAUUUUUUAAAGCAUCUUUAAAAAUAUGAUUAAAAAAAUCUGAUUUAAAUUUUAAAAAA